AUGAAUGGUCUGCUUUCUCUGAAUCGAAAGAGGAUGAGGGGUCGCUUUGAAAAUGCUCUAUAGAAUUAUGAGAGGCAUAUCAGACGAAUGGUCAUAGACUUUCCUCCGAGCGAUGGGAGCCUAAUGUACGAGGGCAGCAUUUCAAAUGGAGCGGAGAUGUGAAACGUCGACACAUAUUCAGUCUCCAAAAUCAGACCAUGAAACUGUACUUGCCCAAGCCACGUUUAAUUUCUGACAUCUACAUUGAGCCAAGGAUUACAGUGAUACAAGGUGAACAUGGAAAUUUAACAGGAGAAUCUAAUACGCAUAUUCGUGAAGUUCAGCACCAUGAAUUAUUCAAACAAAGCAACAGAGAUUCCGAUAUGUCAACAAUAAGUGUCAUCUAUGGAGCUGCAGGAACUGGGAAAACGACUCUGAUUCAGAAGUUAAUCUAUGACUGGGCGACAGGAAUGAUAUAUAAAGAGUUCAGUUUUGUCAUUCAUUUGAAAAUUCAGAAAUUAAAUGAAAUUAAAGGUCCCACCACUUUCAGUAAAUUGAUAGUUGACUCAUAUCCUUACUUGGAAAAUUAUCUGGAUCAUCUGUGGAAUGAACCCAAAAGGUUAUUGUUUAUAUUUGAAGAUCUGGACCAAUUGUUUCAACUAUCCACUCUCUCUGAUACUGGUAGAAACAGCGAUCCACGACACAGAUGUAUGGACACAGAGUCAGAAUAUUUUGUAUGCGAUAUCCUACACUGUCUCCUACAGGGAGAAUUUCUGAGGGGUUGCUCAGUGCUGAUCACAAUCCGAGUCUGGAAUCAGAAACUUCUCCAUCAGGUAGCAGCAGAUUCAACUUUCCAAGUUAUGGGAUUCACUUUUGAGAAAGCAAAAGAAUAUUUUCGCCGUUAUCUCGGCAAUAUAAAGAAUGCAAAUGAAAUGCUGGUCUUCAUUGAGCAGAAUGACAUAUUGUGGAAUAUGUGUAGUGUCCCUCUGUUUUGUGUCACCCUCGCCUCGUCACUGGAGUCUUUUCAGGCACAAGGAGAAGGUAAGACAACAAUGCCCAUCGGAAGCCAUACCCAGGUGCUCUCUGACUACAUUGCACAUCUUCUCGCAAACUGUGGUUAUGAUGCUAACACAAAUCGGAAUUAUUUAAGAGUAGUUGGCGAACUGGCAGAAAAGGGAAUUAGACAAGACACACUUUCGUUUGAAGGCUACACAUUAAAAGAUCUGGAUUCUUGUCCUCCCGUGUUUAUCUCUGCGUUCCUGUACCAGGAUCCAGACAAACAGAGGCGCGGUGUUAUUUACGAAUUCAGGCACUCUGUUUUACGAGACUUCUUUGCUGCACUUACCAAUGUUCUAAAUACUACAAUAUCUCAACUGAGACGGAUGCUUGAUGAAAUGUUUGCAGACAUUGAAGGGAGAUUCGGUAUAUUUUCAAUUUUUCUUGUCGGUCUGUCUUCUCGGAAGCCUACUGAUCGCCUGGAGUUGGAACUGCAGACAUUCACAACUGAAGUUACUUCGUGUAUCUCAGAAUGGUUCACACAAAGUGUCAGCAGACAUUUGAAGGACAUGGACAGUAAGCAUACUCAAAGAAGGUUUCUAUGCUUACUGUACUGUUUAUUUGAAUUUGGAGACAAUGACAUAAUGAAGAAUGUGCUGAAAUCCAUUACAACCAUUAAAUUAAAUCAACUUCGUCUCAAAUCUCCGGACUAUAUUGUUUUAUCCAGAACUUUAAUCUCCCCUGAAGUGAUUCAAGAACUGGACCUCAGUUCGUGCUUUGCACAACCAGAGGAAAUUCGGAAACUGGAACAAGUGCUGCCCAGAUGUGUAAUUCUCAGAAUGAAUCAGAAAAACCUACAGGACUGUGGUGUGAAGCACGUUUUCAAACUUUUGGAAAAAAAUGACUGCAAAAUUCAAACUCUGGAGCUGAAAUCCAACCAACUUACAGAUAAUUGUCUCGGUGAACUUUUCUCCGCUCUACUUACAAAUCGUUCGCUAACGCUGCUGAACCUGAGCAAUUCCAGUCAGGGUGGGCAACAUGACAAUCAAUUCACUCAGGAAACACUGAAACAUCAUGUGCAUAAUUACGCUCAGCGGAAAGAAAUCAGAUGGUUGUGCUAUGAACCUACUGGACUGGACACCAGAUCAAACCUUCUCAACUUAAUAACUGAAUGAACGUCAAAAAUCCUGAAUUUAUUUAUAUGAAUACAAUACAUUCUGAGGUACAUUCAAUGUACUUUGAUGUGAACGAUGCAGUUUGAAGAUAAUGGCAGAGGGUUCGAUCACGUUAGAGAACCGAAAAAAAAGAUACCUGCAGUACAUCAGAAAUAUUUGCUUGUUUGUUUGAUCUCAAUUCUAUCCGCAACUAGUUUCCAACUUUGUUUUAUAUAUUAUUAAAUAGCAACGGUGGCUAGAACCAUGGCGUACGAACAUGGACUAUUCCACGUAACCGACAUAGAGGCGGACAUUGCUGGGACACAUGUGGGUGCCCAUGGCUUCACCGACAGUUUGAAGGAAAUGGGAGGAGCCGAAUGAGAAAAUAUUUGGAGUGAGGACAAGUUGCGCCAGGCAGAGGAGAGUGGUGCUGUUGGAAGCAGAUUGGGUCUGUGGUCAAAAAGAAACGGCGAGCUUUGAGGCUUCCUAGUGGGGGAUGGAGGUGUACAGGGACUGGACAUUCACAGUCAAAAUAAAAUGAUGUAUCAGUCAAAUAGAUACAAAGGCCUUGUGUACAUAAAGAUAGAGCACCUUACGCAUUCUAACAACUUUUUCAGCAUCCAUAUUUUUGACAAUGCUUCAAAAAAGUUGCCAAGUGGCAACUUAAGUCAUGCUGCCCCCCUAACCGAAAAGCGGAUCUUCUCAAGUUUUUUAAAGUACAUGAUACCUUUGAUCCAAUGUCCAUAUGUUGGAGGGGACGAGUCUUUCCAUUUGCACAAGAUGACCCUUCUGGCGAUGGGAUCGGUUUGGAGUUUACUGAGGUUAUCCUUCUGAGAAAGCACUCCAAAUAGUGCUAUUGACAAAGAUGGUGCAAUUAAUUGUCCAAAAGUUUUGAAAAAGUUUCAAAGAUCAAACCCCAGAAAUUUACUAGUUUUGCACUGAUCAAAACAUAUGUCAGAGUGUAGACAGGAAAUGUUUACAUCUGUCACACAUUGGGUCAAGAUCGUUAUUAACCUUAGCCAAUCUUACUUCAGACCGAUGUCAACUGUGCACAAAUUUAAACUAAACAACAACAUGUCUAAGACACAUCUACAGAUGAAUAAAUUCUGUAGAUUCUUUUAUUUCUGCCAGAUGUCAUCUUGAAUUUGUUCCUCAAUAUCCUCUUCCCAUUUAUGUUUUAAUAAAUACAAAUUUCCAGGAUUAACUACUUUUAGUAGCUCAUAGAUUUUGCUUACAGAUUGUUUCAACAUCAAUUUUGCACUUAAGGACUGAAUCGAAGAGCGACAAAGGGGGACGAUAGAGAAUGCACUCAAAAUGUGAGUCUAUAAAGCUUCUGAGUUGUAAAUAUCUAUAGAAAUGUGAACUAGGGAUCUCAGAUUUCUUAACUCUCUGUUCAAAAGAGGCAAAAUUGCCGUCAGUGUAGAGAUUAUACAAUGAAGUCUUACAGUGCUUAGACCGUAUCAAACACGACAUCCAUUAUUGAUGGGGCGAACCUGUAAUUUCCCACUACUGCUGCAGCGAGUGAGAGGUUAUUAAGUUCAAAAUUGGAACCAAAUUUUAAUGGGGUACGUCGCAAUUGAAUUCAGUGUGAAACUAGAUGCGGGCUGUGACGUGGCAGUUUAGCAUAUAUUACCGAGGAGGAGUUAAAUUGUAAGGAUGACAUAAUCACCCAGCUAGGAGCAGCAAUAUCAUCUAUUGUACAAUAUAAAAUGGCUCUUAUAUUAGCUGACCAGUAGUAAUAUAGAAAGUUUGGAUGAGUCAUACGCUCCACCCUACGAGACCUCUUGUAUUAUUUUUUUUUUCCUAUACUCUGGGCUGCUUUUUUAUUCCAAAUAAAACUUGAAAUUUGAAAUACCGAAGUGGAUUUUUUACAAGUGUGGGGGGAAAACUUUACCAUGGACAUGUUGCACAAGUAUUUCUUUUUUACAUAGGUAAUGGUGGGCUACUGUGAAUGGUGGCCCUCCUGAAGGUAAUAGUGAAUAGUGAAUAGUAAUAGUGAAAGAUGGUACAACAGAGGGAUCUGGGAAUAUCGAUCCAUUAUUCAUUCAAUGUGGUUUCAGAGGUACAUAGGUUUGUAAAGAAAGCGUUCGGUCCAUUAACCUUAAUAAACCAACCAAAUGAACACAGGGGUUGGGAUGUAAUGUAGAUGUUAUCUAAGAAAUUGGUGAGGUCUAAUUUCGAUGUCUUGUCUAUAACCGUGAAAGAGUGCAAAGACAAUUUAAAAUGACGCUGCCAGUACUUGUGUACCUGAGAUCAAGGGAAAGAUGGAACAGGUUGGAGCUUUCUUGCCUGGAGCGGAGGGAAAUUCGGUGAGACUUGACAGAGGUAUACAAAAUUAGGGGACGCUUGGGGUGGGGUGGUGUGGCAUAGAGAUAGGAUAAGUGCAAGCAGAUUUCUUCCCAUAGAGGUUAGGGGAAGCUGGAAAUUGAGACCGCCUGUUCAGGGGUAAAUGUGAAGUGUUUAAGGGGAACAUGAGAGGAAACGGCUCCACUCAAAGGCAGUUUAGAGUGCAGAAGGAGAUGCCAGUGGAAGUGCUGGAUGUGGUUUCGAGUUCAACAUUUAAGAGAAAUUUGGAGAGGUACAUGCUGGCUCAGCUUCUGUCGCAGGUUGUUUGGAUGGGGAAAAUUAGUAUUUCGGCAGAGAUUAGCUGAACCGAAGGGCGUCUUUGUGUGCUGCGUGUAGCUUUCUGUAACUCUAUGGACCCCGGAUGCGUUAGUGGCGUUCAAGAGGUUCCAGGCUUGCCCAAAUCAGGAGGAAUUGGAGUUAAAUUCGGCAUCUUGCUGGAAGCUGAAAUCGUGGGCGGGAAUGCAUGUUCCUGCGUUGUACUCUUCUGUGUUCUCUCCUUUAUGUUUAUAUUUAGUUUUUAAAUGACCUCAAAUCAACCUCGCUUCAGAGUAUCCAGGAGGCUACUAGCUGUAACUGGAACGAAAGGACAACAUUCGUGAAAUACUCGGCCGGUCUGAACAUGUCUGUGUGGAGCAUUUUCAGUUUAAGCCGGAGACUUGUUUCAAAGUUGCUGAAGUCCAACGAGCCCCCACACAAACUGAGCCUCAGCCAUCCGCAGUGGAAGCGUUCGCGCUGGUGUUUCAAAUCCCAGUGUUUCUUCGGUACCUCUCUGAAUCCACCCUAUCUGGGACAAUCAAUAUCGGAUCAAUUUAGCAGGGCGACACCAGGAGUUAAUGGCGCAAGGCGAAGAAGAAGAAGAAGAACGUUAGCCCAUUUCCGAUAAUAAAUAAUCACUCAACCCACUCUCACUGCAGUCUCAUACCAGGAGGAAUUCUUUCUGUCAAAAACGUCCGUCGCCGAUAGCUGGAGGCCUGUUCAGCAAGGUUAAUAUUUUGGCGGCUUAUUUUGGUCAAACCAGGCGAAGAGAAAUAGACUUAAAUACUGCCGUCUGUGAAAUGUAGCUUCACAAUGUUUUCUUGACAUACUUAUCGAAACGGCUGAUACCUUAACAAAUAGUACCCGGUAAUUCGCUACAUGGCAUGCACUUUAUUUCCCCAUUAUAUUUAUCGUCAUCAUUAAACUUUCCAGGGAAACGUCACUCUGACAGUUUUCCUUCCAAAAUGAUCUUGAGUUGGAGAAAUUUGUAUCCGACACCGCGUCGAUGCUCCAAGAAGUCAAUUCAAAAAUACUCGGGCAAGGCGGCAUUUAAGCCCAAAGGACAAUCAUUCACCCGGACUUUAAACACAUCAUCAAGGCUGCCCCUGUCACGAUUCCAUGGAGCAAAAGUUCGCGCACAGUUUAAAUGCCUUUUAGCAGAAACGACGACAGUCCAGUCGGUCUUUCACUCCGAAUUACGUGAAACGCCAAGAAUCCGAUCACUUCCCGUUCUCAGUUUCGUCCUAAUUAAAAACAUAUGGACUUGUCUUGUUUUACCAGCAGAGAGCAACCUGGGGCAGCGAGGACCGAAACCAGCUGGAGAAGAAGCGACAUAAAGAAGGGCCUUGUGAUUACUAUGGGCGGAGCGUUCAGCAUUCGAAAUAAUGCAUAUCUUUACAGAUCGCUUAUCACUAUUUCAGGAAACUAGCUCGGCUUCUUUGACCGUCUGCGCCAUUUAAAUCGGCCCCGCCGAAUUUAAGAGGGAAGUGAAAACAGGGGUCGCUUUGCCUUUCCGGAAAACUCUGAAACUUUGCCAAGUGAAAGUCCCACCUUUCUACCUCAG